CUACUAUAAUAAAAUAUCCCCACAUUGCUGCUGCACUCCAAACACUCAUUCUCUCUCUCUCUCUCUCUCCCAUUAUGGGAGAUAAUACGACGCCGUUUUCACUUCCUCCAGGUACCCGAUUUUACCCUUCCGAUCAACAACUCAUUUCCUACUAUUUAUCUUCAAAAAACCGAUCGGAUCAUCGCAGUGACUUUGGAAUUAACCUGAUUCAAGAAAUUGAUUUCUACAAUUAUGACCCGUUUAACUUACCGGAUUCUGCCUGUUUUCGGUACGGACGAGGUGGUCGGAAAAGGCACUGGUUUUGUUUUGUGGCUGCUAGGGUUUUGAAGAGGAGAGCUGGUACUGGUGGUUAUUGGAAGAAAAGAGGUAGGGUUAAGGAUGUGGUGGGUGAGGGUGCAGGGAAAGUUGUGGUGGGUACGCGUAAAAGUUUUGUUUUUUAUUCAAGGGAUUGUGGUACUAAGAGUGGUGUGAAGACUGAUUGGUUGAUGUACGAGUACGCCUUAGCUGGUCAUCCUAUGGCAUCUUUUGUUCUAUGCCGAGUAUUCAUCAAAUCUCGUCAUGAAAAUAAUUUGUCUGGCCAUGUAUUUAGUUCCUAUGGUGAAGAAACUGUUGCCACAGUACGCCAUGUAGGUAUUCAGUAUGACGGAACUGCUGCAUCGGUUACCGACUCUAAAAUGCAUGAUGAAGAUACCAUUGACCAGGAGAAUGAUGUCUCGAAGUUACCCAGUGGAUUAGUUUCAGACUUAAAUGCUCAAGCACUUACAGAACAUGUUGCCGAGCAGAUUGGUCUUGAGAGUGACGGACCUCCAGUUCUCAAUGGCUUUUCUGCUCAGGAACUGAUGGCCAUUUCAGAAGGUGAUUUUAUAGAGCUGGAUGACAUUCUAUGCCCGCUUUCGGGCAUUAGCUAAAAGUAAAAAAAAAAUCAACACUCCCAAAAAUCCAAACAACAAUAUUUAGCAAGUACAAUCAACAACAAUCCGAGCAAGUAGCAUCAAUAAAUCCUGAGCAAGUAGCAUCAAUAACAAUCCCGAGCAAGUACAAAUGUACAAAAAACAACAAUUCCCAGCAAGUAACAAUCAAUGACAAUCCCAAGUCUGAAUCACAAGGAAGUAACAAUCAAUAACAAUCUCAAGUCUGUAUCCCAAGCCAAGCAAGUUAUGUUUGGAAGUUACUAGCAUGAAGUUCAUGACGGUUUAUAUCACUGAAGUGGACAAAAUGCAAUCCCACUUUGACUAUUAUUUUAGGCAUUUGAUCUUUAUAGAUGUACUUCGUGGAAGUUUAAUCAUCACCAAUUCAACUAAAUAAUUAAAAGUUCAACUUACUUAACAUCAUGAUCAUACGAUCUGACCCUUCAACUUCUAGAAGGAUCAUAGAAGUUGAAGGAUCAGAUCGUAUGAUCAUGAUGUUAAGUAAGUUGAACUUUUAAUUAUUUAGUUGAAUUGGUUUAUUUAGUUGAAUUGGUGAUGAUUUGAUACAAUUCGAGUGGCAUCAAAACCUUUUACAAGGAGUCAAGCGAGGGAACUUCAAGCUAUGCAAGCAUUGUUCAUGAGGAGGGACGUACUUGAAUACACUCUAGCACCUUUCCGGGGAUUUCAAGUGUUCAUGGGAGGAUGGUUUGGAGAAGAGGGUUGAAGAUGGUCAUACUUGCAAUGUGGCUAUUACUUGAAGAUUUGCAAAUUCAAGCUUUAUUCCCAAAAGAAGACACCCAAACAAGGCCCUUACUUCAUUAAGGGUAAAAGUGUAAUAGUGUAGUUGUCUUCUUUUGAGCCUUACACUCUGUUUGGAACAUUGUUACCCAUUGUAUUGUAUUGUAUUGUUAUCACAAAAACAAUGUUUGUUUUGAUUGUUAUUUAAAAUGUAUUGUAUCGUAUUGUUAAAUUCCGUCGUUACGUAACAAUGAAAAGUCCCAUUUUAUGUAACAA